GUACAAAUGAAUAUUUAUCUCUUAAUAUCAUUCCACUAAGCAAUUUUAUCUCAUUAAGAAAUGCAACUGUGUUGCAAAAUUUGAAAUGUCCAAUACAAAAAGUACAAGACAUUGAAGAUGAUUCAUUUAUUUAA